AUGGGGGACUGCUGUGCCUGCGAGUACGCCCAAGCGGCUCAUGUGGGAGUCCUUCGGCACUUCGGUCUGCUCUCCAGCAGUGAGCUGCUCCUUCCCACGCACCCCUUUCCGCGCUCCUUGCUGUCUGUGGGCAUCGUCAUUGACUCGUCGUUUUGGAGCGGCAGGCCGGAUGCUCCCGGAGUUCGCCGCUUGGACUCAGUGCACGCAGCUUACGUUGAAGCCCGUCUGGAAGCCAAUCCAAAAAAGGGGGUGCGUGACGCUGCCGUUGCCACCUUCUGGGGUGCCAAGCUCUCCGGUGACGAUGGCCUGCUUCGGCCAAGCCCUUCUCGUGUCUGGCCAGUCGCCUUCGUGACCGCUCGGGUUGCCGCUUUGGGGCUUGUGUCUCGGUCGCUCCUCGAGAGCCUGGUCGGGUCAUGGACUUCGAUCUUCUUGGUGCGCCGUCGCGCUCUUUGCUUGAUUGACGUCGCCUUCCAGGCCCUGCGUGCCACAGUGCCCGGGGAUGUGAUAAGGCUCAGCGCUGCUCUAUCUGAUGAGCUUUGGUCUUGGGUGAUUGUUGCGCCCCUGUGUGUUGCCAACUUGCGGGCCCAGGUGUGCGAUUGCUUCUUCACCACGGACGCCUCCGACGAUAAGAUCGCUUGUGCUGUGGCUGAUUUGCCACCUCAGGUCGCCGAUGAGUGCUACCGGCACACCUUGGUGAAAGGGGCUUGGAACAGACUGCUCCCUCCUUCUCAAGCUUGGCUGCGGUCCAGGGGCCUUUUGCCUGAGAGCGCAGAGCUUCCUGGGGAGGACUCUUACACGCCUUUCCCUUUGUGGCGAGAGCUUGCACAAGCACUUCGGUUCCGCACUGCUUGGGUGUUGCCAGCUGCCGCUGGGCAGCACAUCAACAUCAAAGAGCUGCGUGGGCUAUUGGAAUUAGAGCGGCGGGUCGCUCGCACCUCAAGCGGCUUGCGGCUACUAGUUGGCAUAGACUCGCAGGUGAUAUUUGGGGCUGCUCUCAAAGGCAGGUCGGCGUCUGGAGGCCUGAACACUUUGCUGAAGAGGUUUCUUGCCACCAUGUUUGGGAGCGACCUCUACCUCGGUCGCGGGACAUACGAGCCCCAAGCAAAGCUCUGCCGCCGUGGUUCCUGCCGGGGAGACACCGCUCCUUUCGAGACCUGGCUUGCAGCCCAGCCUGAGGUUGUUGCACAGCGUGCCAAGGAGACUUUCCUGCCUGAGAUGGUUGAUCGGCUGGCUCUUCGUUGGAGUUCGGGCAAAGCUCGGCGAGCUAGGAGGAACAGAGCGUUGAGAGCCUGCGGCACCCGCCGGUCUGAAUGUCCCUUGCGUGGCUCGCUCGCCCUUGGCGAUUCUUGCUCGGCUUUGGCCGUUCUGGCCGGCCUGCCUCGUGGCCAGUUCUUCCCUGAGGGCGGCGCUCUUGACUUUUCGAAGAAAGGCGCGCUGGAGCUGUUCAGUGGGAGUUCCGGUGUCGCUCGCGGUUUGGCUCGCCGCGGUGCUCCCUGGGUCCUGACUUUUGACAUUGAGCAUGGCCCCGACCAGGACCUUGACAACGACACCGUUCAGAAGAUGAUUGAGUUGCUCCUCCGAGCACAGGUUUUCCUUUCCUUUGGAGCUUCCCCGCCUUGCUCCUCUUUUUCCCGUGCCGUGCACCCGCCGUGGCGAUCGCGUGCUCAUCCGAGAGGCCUCCCUGGACUUGGCCGCGUUGCUUUUGUAAAGGUGACCAAGGGAAACCGGCAGGCCGAUUGGGUGGCACAUGUCCUCCGCGCUUUUCGUGCUAACUCCGACGGGCACUUCUGGAUUGAGGGCCCCGACGGUUCGUUCAUGUGGCUUCUGGCAGGCUUUGCAGAGUUUGCUCCAGCCGUCUCCCCUUCCACUCUUCGUGUGGAUCAAUGCCGGUUCGGGACCCGGUGGCGCAAGCGGACUCGUUUCGCGGUGUGCGACAGCUCCGCUUUGGCUGGCGAGAGGCUUUUCUGCAACUGUUCUCGGCCCCACUUGGUGCUGCGAGGCCGGGCUGCUCCCGACAACCGUUCGUGGACUUCGAUUGCACAGGCCUACCCCAGACCGCUCGCCGAGCUGGUGGCUGCUGCAGCCGCGAUAAAAGCAGGGUGGACUUCCGAUGGCCAUCGACUUUUGCAGAUUCCUUUGUCUGCUUGUGUGGCCGGCGCCCCUACCGCCCGUCUUGGUGAAGCCUCACACCCGGGCCCUCGCGGACGUCGGCUCUUCCGGGACUCCACGGUUGGACUCGAGUCUCCUGCGCUCCUCGCCAUGGCUUUGCGCGCCUAUGGGAACUGGCUUUUCAAGAACAGCAGGUCAAUACACGAUUUCCGGCACACUAUCCUGGGAGCUCAGCGCCGUUUUCUGAACUUGAAGCCUUGGGCCUCGCACGUUUGGGAACUGGUGAGCCGAUGGGAGCACGCCGAGCCGGUCCAGCAUAGGACACCGGUUCCGGAGCCUGUUCUGAAAGCAUUGGUGGCCCUGGCGUGGCUCUCUGGAUUUGUCGCUUUUGCAGCGGUCACUCUGUUGAGCUACUACGGGCUGGGGCGGAUCGGAGAGGUCUUGCCGGUCCUUCGAUCGGACCUCCUUCUGCCUAGCGACGACUGGUGGAACCAAAGCCGAGCUGCGUACCUGACCUUGCGAUCCUCAAAGACUAUGAACAGAAAACGCGGGAGGAUACAACAUAUGAAGAUCACCGAUGCCAAAGCGGUUGCCUUGCUGGAAAAACUUUAUGGAAACCGGCCGGGAGGCUACCGCCUCUUUCCGCAGUCUCCUUCAGCUUACCGGUACAGGUGGAACAAACUGCUUGAAACUUUGAGCGUCCCGGCGGAAGCUCGCCUGACGCCAGGUGGCCUUCGAGGUGGAGGCGCGGUCCAGAGUUACAGGAGUGGUGUGGCCAUCACCGAGAUCCAAUGGAGGAUGCGGCUGCGCCAUAUUCAUACUCUGGAGUUUUACUUGCAGGAGGUUGGUGCUGCCUCGGCGCUCACGGCGCUCAGUCAGGCCUGUGCCGCUAAGGUUCGCACCGCUGGCACCUUCUACGAGCUGUUGCUUGCUGCAGACAAACAUGUGUCCAAGCAUUCCCUCAAGAUGCCCUGGGAGCGCGGGGCGAUGAGAGCAGUGUUUUCGCAGAGCGACCUGAGUUCACUUUCCCAGUGCAGUGUGCCAGCUCCUCUGCAGACGGAGCCCUUGGAUUCCGCUUCUUUCGAGGAGGCAGCCGCCAAGGCUCACCCCCAAGAGCAUGCUUCACAGUUUGUGCAGGUCGCUUUCUCUGCCAGGAAAUUUCAGAAGCCCCAAGAAACUGAGGAGCAACAGUUGCAGUUGCUUGCAACGAGAUACGAUAUCCUCUUGAGUCAUGCAUACGAAUGCUCUUCCCUUGGCAGACUGUUGAAGGACAAGUGCGAAACAGAUCGGGUCAGUCUUGUUGCCGAAGCCCUGGGUGGCAAGGCUCUCUCGACUUUGAAAAAGCGGUUGUCCAGUCUCGCCCGCCUGGUGGGAUGGUGCUCGAACCAAGGCAUGUCGGCUUUCCCGAUUGACUCUCAGGUGUUGAUUGAGUACACCCAGCAUUUGCAGCAGAGUGGUGCCUCGCAUUCUGUGUUCGGAUCUUGCAUUGAAGCGUGCAACUUCGCUAGAUUCAUCUUGGGUGUGGAUGCCACUGGUGAGCCUCAUAAGCACCCACUUGUGCAAGGGCGACUUCGCAAGGUGCGGUUCAACCGUCCGCCUCGUGUGCAGGCGAGGCCUUUCCAGGUUCGAGAGGUGGCAUACCUUGAGGCUUUUGUCCAGGACAGCCGCCGUGAUGCAAGGGAUAGGUAUGCUGCAGGUGCUUGCUUGUUUUGCAUUCACUCGCGAGCCCGUGUAGGGGAUGUGAGGGCAGUCAAAGCAAUGUUCAUCGAUUUUGCAGAGGGUGAAGGUUUCCUUGAGUGCAUCUCGACGUCGCACAAGUGUGCCUCGACAGGUAACCCGUUGGGGCUCGAGUUGAGCCUAGUGGCCCCCGAGCGGGGUGUGGGUCAAGGUCUUUGGGCCAAAGCUUGGGUUGAGGUGUGGCGCCUGUCGGGCCACCCAGUCGCCACCGGAUCCUGCAGCCUGCCUUUGCUGCAGUCGCCUAUGCUCAAUGGGUCUUGGAGUGGUCGCCGGAUUCCGACGGGCAGGUUUGUGACCUGGAUUUCUUCGAUCCUCAAGUCUGGGGAUGAGAGCAUGGGGUUUGAUUUCAAGGGUCAUUCGUGCAAGCAUACUGCACUGUCGUGGGCAAGCAAGACGGACAUGUCCAAGGACUCCUGCACCAUCUUGGGGCACCACUCCUUGAAAGAUAGACGAUCGGUCGUGACCUACUCCAGGGACAUUCAAGCUGGGCCAUUGCGAGAGCUGUGUCAGAUGUACUGUGACAUUCGGUGUGGCAGGUAUCUCCCAGACAUGACCAGGUCGGGUCUUUAUGCAAAGGGCCCUGCAUCUGCUGACUCGGCCGAGGAGCUGCCUGGCGACAGUGUGUUCGAGACUGAGGCGGAAAGAAACUGGUACCGGCCGGCGGUCAGCCCUGGCUCAGCUUGUGACUCAGAAGCCCUUCCUUGUGCGAAUGCUUUUGCUUCCGAGCCUGGCCUCAGCGAUCAAAGGGAUGCCAGUGACGAUGACACCCCUUUCAGUCGCGCUGUGGACUCCCUAAUCCAUAGUGCAGAGCGUGCUGCGUGGGAAGAUCCGGAUGCUGCUUUCGAGGACGAUAGGUCUCAGGGGGAGGAGCCAGACUCGUCGUCCAGCGAGUCUAGUUCCGAUUCAGGCUCCUCCGACAGCGAGAUAGAUGAAGUCCUGACUGCGAGUCAAGCAGACCCCCCGGUGGGGCAGAGGUAUCAUGAUCGGUGCCCUGUCUAUCAGCAGAAGAACACCAGGAUCCAACUCUGUUCCAUGGCGUCCAUCCUGAAGAGUCAGGCGGCUUUCGAAGAAAGGGCCAAGGAAUGUGGGCUGACGCAAGCUGAGCUUGAUGUGCUCGUGCGUAAGGGUUUGACAUCCUUGUCGCUCCUUGCCUUCAGUGUCUCGACCCCGGGCGAAGUACCGCAGGAGGCUGAGCUCAGGUCCAUCCUUGAUCCCGCGGACCCCACGACUGUGCCGUUGCGUGCACUGUCGGCGCUGCGGCGCCUCAUGUUUGAGGCUCAAACUCUGUCCAUUGCACAGCUUAAAAGCUCCAUUGAGGGUGAAGGUGAAAAGAAAGCGGAGUUGGCCCCUGCUGAGAGGACGAAUCGUAUAACCGAUCAGCGGAAAAGGCUCGUGGGGCUCAGCUUGACUGGUCCUUUGGAAAACGCUUUCAGCAAUUACACUUAUGUCGCCCAGGUCGUUGAUCAAGAUUGCCUGUCCUAUUUGGAGCCCCACAGGUUCCUAACCAGGGCCAUGGAGGUGAAUCGAGAAAAGCCAGGGAAAGAGUUGAUCUUAGAUGAGGGCUCGCGCAUGAGUAUCCGCGACAAGGCCCACAAAGAUAAGUGUGGCAUUCAGAAUGAGUUGCAGCUAUCCGAAGCCCUGUGUCGCAGGGCACUUGCUUGCGACCUUCUGCAGCUUUGCACUUUUGCCUCCAUGGACUUGUGGCACAGGCAUCUGCUUGCCAAGCUAUCGGAGCAGCCGCCUCCAUACUAUGCUAAGGUUUCGAUGGAGCAACUGCUCAGGUGCGACAAGGCGGCAUGGGUACGCAUGAGUGAGCUCUUGACUUCUCUGAAGAAAGAUGACGCGGGAAACCUGCCAAUGGAUGCUGCUCUGGACAAGCUUCAGUACGAUCCAAAAAUCAUGAUGCAUCUGGCCCCGCUUCCUGGGGCUAAGUGGAAGGGCGAUGGAAAGGGCGACAAGGGCACAAAGCGUGAUGCCGAUGGCAAGCCGAAGUUGCCUCCUCACCGACCCGGUAAAGGUGCAGGUAAGGGAAAGUGUCCUGAAGCGUUAUCCGACUCCCGCUUGAAGCACAACUGUAGCAAGACUAAGAAACGCCUGUGUUGGAAUUUUAAUAUGCAGGCUGGAUGUAAGUUUGCGAAACCUGGAGAGAGCUGUAAAAGGGGCCUGCACAUUUGUAUGUUCUGCGAGCAGCCUCACUCUCUCCUUCAAUGCACGACUUACAAAGUCAACGAGUGA